AGUGGUGCUGGGAGCCUCGAGGGCGCGGCGCCGUUACUUGCAGUUGGGCGGCGGCGCAGGUGGCGGCGGCAUAUCGCGCAGUGCACACCGCGCUUUAACAGCAGCAGCAGCAACAGCAGCAGCAGCAGCAGCAGCAGAAGCAGUAGCGGAGGCACCUCUGCGGUCACAGCCCCUGCGCUGGUGCAGCCACCGUCGCUCGCUCUGCUCUUCCUCCCUUCACUCGCACUAUGGCUGAUCAACUGACCGAAGAGCAGAUUGCUGAAUUCAAGGAAGCUUUCUCCCUAUUUGACAAAGAUGGUGAUGGCACCAUCACAACAAAGGAACUUGGAACUGUCAUGAGGUCACUGGGUCAGAACCCAACAGAAGCCGAAUUGCAGGAUAUGAUCAAUGAAGUGGAUGCUGACGGUAAUGGCACCAUUGACUUCCCAGAAUUUUUGACUAUGAUGGCUAGAAAAAUGAAAGAUACAGACAGUGAAGAAGAAAUCCGUGAGGCAUUCCGAGUCUUUGACAAGGAUGGCAAUGGUUACAUCAGUGCUGCAGAGCUACGUCACGUCAUGACAAACUUAGGAGAAAAACUAACAGAUGAGGAAGUAGAUGAAAUGAUCAGAGAAGCAGAUAUUGAUGGAGAUGGACAAGUCAACUACGAAGAAUUCGUACAGAUGAUGACUGCAAAGUGAAGAGCUACUUUCAACUCCUUUUUCCCCCCUCUAGAAGAAUCAAAUUGAAUCUUUUACUUACCUCUUGCAAAAAAAAAAAAAGUUCAUUUACUCAUUCUGUUUCUAUAUAGCAAAAUUGAAUGUCAAAAGUACCUUCUGUCCACACACACAAGAAAUCUGCAUGUAUUGGUUGGUGGUCCUGUCCCCUAAAGAUCAAGCUACACAUCAGUUUUCCGAUAUAAAUACUUGUCCUACCUUAAUGAUAAGGAAGCACUUAGUGGACUCCUUGCAGGUCCAUUUGCUCAUGAUUAAUACACUGUUUGGGCUGGCCAGUUUUUCAUGCAUGCCGCUUGACAAUUGAGCACAGUCAGGCGUUUGUAUUAAAAACGAAAAAUGAAAAAACAGAUUCAAAACCUACUCAAAUGGGUUCUAGUUCGGUUUGUUAGUAUAAAUUGUCAUAGCUGGUUUCCUGAAAACAA